ACUCCCGCUAGCUGCGAAGAAUGUAAAAAACGGAAGACCAAAUGCUCCGGCCGGUUCCCUUGUCAAUCUUGUGUCGCACGUCAUGUCGAGUGCACGUUCAAAAGACCCGAGAGAAAGGUUUUAGUGUCAGAAAGUUAUUUGCGUGCGCUCGAGGAUAAUUGCGCCCUGCGCCGCCCGCAGUCAGCGCCACCGACCAAGGAAUUGUCCGAAGAAAGAGUGUCCCGGAGCAGCCCUCCGUUACCUUCUGUUGCAGACGGUAAUUAUGGGGAUGCACUCAUCACCAACCCUCUUGUUUCUGCCACAUCCUUCUACCUGAAGGAUACCACCGGACGAUAUAGAUAUUGCGGGCCGUCGUCCUCCUGGUCCUUCUCCCAGCGCGUCUUCCUGCUGCUCAAAUCGGCGGUUCCCGACUACCCGUGCCCAGAUCUUCCUUUUCACAUCGAUGGCUGUACCUGGGAACUUAGCUGGUCCCGGACUGAUUUUGAAGAUGCCUCUGUUGUGGAGGGACUGCCGUCGCUAGAUGACUUUCUCUAUUUGCUCAAUACCGUCAAGUUCCAUUCCUCUCGGAUGCUAUAUCUUGUCGAUGAAGACGAGUUCAUACCUCAUCUUCACGAGUUUUACGAUAGAGGGCUCGAGAAAGCCAAAGCCCAGCCUCUAUGGAAUCCCAACUUACCGCCAGGAUCAGCUUUCUUCACACGAGCCAUGUCGCUGGUACCAGACUUUAUAGGCCUGAAUCGCCAGCCCAAUCGUGGCAUGCAGAUCCUGUACCUGAUCGGCCUAUAUCUAGUGUCGGUGGACAUGAAGGAUGCUGCUUAUGUUUAUGCGAUUCGGAUGUGUAUCAUGGAAGGGAUAUAUCGGGAGCCGCCCGACGGACUAUUUGGGAUUGGCAUCGCGCAUCAGUGCCGUAACAUCUGGUGGUCCGCAUAUAUCCUUGACCGGCAGCUAUCAUCGAUGAUCGGGGGCCCAGUAUCAAUCCAGGACGCGGAGAUCACCUGUGCGCUCCCCGUCGCUUAUGAUCAGUCAGAGGAUGCCCUGUUCUUCACCAUGCAUGUCAAGCUUUCCCGGACGAUCGGCCGCGUGUUGAAUUCCGUAUAUACGACCGAUUUUCGAUUGCGCCAGUCAUUCAUCUCCACAAUUCAGUCCGUGCUGCGAGAGAUGGCUGAUAUUCUGCGGGAGACAGAGGAGAUGGCCGCCAAAGUCUCGCAUCAUUCCCUGCGUACAGUAUCGACCAUGACGAGCCAUCUGACAGUCAAAUACCACCAAUGCAUUAUUCUAGCCACGCGCCCGCUGUUCCUUCACUUUCUCAUCAAUCGGCUCCAACCACAGGAUCAGCGCGGCGAGACAGUGAUCCCCGUCCAGCUGAGACCGCUUCUCGAAACCUCUCUGCAGUCAGCCAAGAUCUCAUUGAGGACUCUAUCUGUGCUAUACGAGCAGUCGCUCCUCGAGUCUUUCCUCCCCUUCGACCUGGAAGGAAUCUUCUCCUCGGCAUUCAUCCUCACCAUCGCCCACUUCAUCGACCCUGCCCUGGUGCCGGACAUGGCCAGCUACGUGCUCACCGCCUCACGCAUGCUGUCCGACAUCGUGGCCAAGGGCAACAUGACAGCCGCGCUGCGGCAGAAGGAAUUGGAUUUGUUGCAGAGGAUGACCGGACAUGUCGUGCGCGGGGAGAGUAGUGAGGAUGAUGGUGGAAGGGAGAGUGUCUCCCGCAUGGUGAGCCUUCCCCAGCAGACGGAUCCCGCGGUGGAGUCUGAAUUCAUGAUGGCGGAUGAGGAAAUCACGAUGAGCCCUACCCAGAUCUUGAGUCUGGCCGAGCAUCUGGACUUGCUGAAUGAGAGUGCGUGGGAUAUUGGAUUCGGACUCGAGGGGCAGGGGUUGAUGUGA